AAACUUUCUUCGGGUUGUCUCACAGUUAGUCAGCAAAGCACUCUCAUGCGUACCGACGCUGUUUCCGAGACAGAGUCUGCUGCGGAUCUGAGACAGCGCGGCAAUCACGAGUUUCAACAACACAAUUACGAGCACGCCGUCGUGCUCUACACGGAGGCCUUGCGGGUCGCCGCGACGUCUCCGGACACUCUGGACACGCCCGAACUCGUACUCAAUCAUUUGAAUCGUGCCGCCGCGUACGGACAACAGCAGAACUACCCGGCAGCACUGGAAGAUGCCAAACAAGCGUGGGACUUGUCCCAGCACACUUCCGUUAAGGCUGCCUACCGAUUGGCCAAGACGUACCGACAAUUGCACCAAUACGCCGACGCCAAAGCAAUCAUCCAAGCCGGACUGAAAGCCUUGCAACAACAAAGUCCGGUGCCCGAAGCAUCGGGUGGUGACGAAGAUCCCAAUGACGUUACCUUUCAGCAACAGCACCAGGCGCUCCAGGAUCUGUGGACCCAAGUACUGCAGGCUGCCCUAGAGCAAAGCAGCGAUUCCAAAGAGCCCAAAGAUACUACCCCGGAAACGUCCAUUGAAGACGUCACCCGCGGAGUUUCCAUUCGCGAGUUCCGCGUGCACCAAGAACUUGGCUACGGCAACUUUUCGCAAAUUCAGGUGGUCACGCAUCGGAUAACGAACGAACGCUUCGCUCUCAAACGCAUCGAAAAAAAGCGCUGCGAGGAACUCGCCAAACGACAACAUCCCAACGUCUACAACGAAGUUAAUAUGGAGCGUCGCGUACUGCUCCAGCGCCUCCCCCGGCAUCCCAACGUGGUCAAAAUGUUUCAUGCCUUUCAAGACUACACCACGUUGUACUAUCUGAUGGAAUUGCACGAUGCCUGGUCGGACUUGUGGAGUGAGUUACGUGAUCUUCCCGGCAACGAAGGAUGGUCCUCACCGUCUCCAAAAUCCCGCAUGGUUGGCGCACACCGUUCCUGUGCACAAAUCUGGAUGUACCAGCUCCUUGCGGCCGUCGAACACUGUCAUAAGCAUGGCGUUGUCCACCGUGAUCUCAAACCCGAAAACAUUCUCUUGAACGGGCGCGGACACGUCAUUCUGAUUGAUUUUGGAACGGCCAAGGAUUUGCUCGAGACCGACUUGAACGGUCCCGAGUUCGUCGGGACUCCAGAUUUCAUGAGUCCCGAAGCCGUCAAAGGCACGUCCAGUAUGGCAGAAACGGAGGCCGCACGCCAGGAUCAUGGUGACGUUGUUGGUGCCGGUCCAGCCGCUGACUUGUGGGCGUUGGGCUGUUUGCUGUAUAUUUUGCAUACGGGCAUGACCGUCUUCUGGACAACUUCGCCGUAUUUGGCCUUUCUACGGAUUGCGCGGGGACUCGUCACACGGCCGGUCGGUAUCGUCGACAACGACGCCUGGGAUCUUAUCCAAGCAUGGCUGCGAUUAGAUCCACAAUCGCGGUUGGGAGCUGAUGUCUACACCGUCCAAACACCCGACGGGAUGGACAAGCCUACCAUGCGAUCGUUACCGGGCGGGUAUGACUGUAUACGCGAGCAUGCAUAUUUUGCCGAGUACCACCACGCGGAUGACACAGUGAAGGCGCAAACCCCGAUACCAACCCUGCGUGAUUUGUGUGUACGGUCCGUGGCUGAGUUGGCGCACCGAGAUGCCCACCAUUUAGACAUUAGUGACCGACACCCUCCCGGCGACGGAUCUUCUCACGACAUGCUGCGCUUGAGUUCACGAGAUCGUGACAUGGUGCUGCACGUUUUGGAUCGACAGCAGCGGCUACGGGAUCCCCGCGUAUACGCGAGGUUCUUUGCGGAUCCUUUGAUGGCUCCGCUAAAUCGGAUUCGACCGGCAACCCGGGACGUGACGGGCUGGACGCAAAUGAACGACGACCAGGGUAAAGCUCCGCACGCGUUGCAGAACCCCGACCCGCACGCCACACCCGUCCCUAUCGACCCGAUUCGCCUUGUUUACAUCUCCAAUCCUCUCUUUGGAUCCCAGAUCCGGGACGGCGCGAUGGAUGACGAUGAGCGUAAACUGUUCUUGAAGCAAUUGAAACGAUGCGUGGCCACCAUCAACCGACAGCGGCCUAAACUUGUAAUUGUAACCGGAACGAUCGAUGCCAAAUGCCGCAAAGUCUUGGCUCGGAUUCGUGAUUCCAUCCCUAUCCUGCUCAACGAUGGCACCGCCUUUUGUUCCUUUUGGAUACUUGGUGUUCAGUGCCUUGCACUAUGC